AUGUUCGCCAAGUUCUUCACCAUCGCCUCCCUCGCGAUCCUUGCUGCCGCCACCCCCACCCCCGGUGGGGAGCCCGCGUCGUCUUGCAGCACCGGGCCCGUCCAGUGCUGCGACUCAACUGCCAAGGCCAACAGCGCCGCUGCGACCAGCAUCCUGGACUCCAUCGGCGUUGUCGUGCAAGACGUCAACGCACUCGUUGGCCUCGAUUGCUCGCCCAUCUCCGUCGUUGGCGUUGGCGCCGGCAAUGUCUGCUCUGCCGAGGCCGUCUGCUGCCAAGACAACUCACACGGAACCCUGAUUUCUAUCGGCUGCCUCCCCGUAACGCUUUGA